UACAACUAUUCGUAAAUAUGUAAAUAUCAGCUCGUUCCGGGAAAUUUAAACAAAUUAUGUUGUAAUCUAACUGCCUUAAAAUUGAUAAAACUCGUAAAACAUAUACGCAAUUUAAUCUAGAAUUUACAGGGUAAUGAUUUUAUUCUGUAUUUAAUAAAGAUCAAGCGAAAUUCCGCUUUGAUAUACUAAUAGGUCAGCAAAGCAAUAUGUUUUCGCGACCCAGCAGUAUAUUGUUGCCGUAAUAAUAAAACGCCUGGUAAAUGGCCUAAUAUCCGUAGAUGGACGAAUUUUCUGAAAAUGUCAUGGAUAAUGAUGAAGACUGUGAUGUACCUACAACACAAAUUAUUGAUGGUCGAAUACUGAAAGAUGUUGUGGCAUAUGCAGAGGUGCGGACUGGCAAUGACAACCGCUCGGAGUCUGUACGGCGGGAGCUUGAACAACUGGGGGCAACUGUGGUGCGGAAAUUUGAGGACAACGUGACCCAUGUUGUGUUUAAGGAAGGAAGUAAGAGGACCCUAAACAAGGCCACGAAAAAAGGCGUUCACCUAGUGUCUGUCCUUUGGGUGGAAAAUUGCAAGUUGAACCAGGAGAGGGUCUCAGAAAGGAUGUAUCCUGCAGUGGUUCCUCACCUGAAGGGGACGCCACUCCUCAUGACCAAACUCAAGAAGGCUAAGUCAAUGCAGCCUCUGGACUUUGAGGAGGAGCUGGCCAACAGCACGGAGCGCUUAAAGCGUAAACGUAAGAAGUUGGAGGCCAUCAGUAAGUACCUGUCCUCCCAGGACCAGACACCCUCCAGUGCACUGAGGUCAAACGUGCUCGUCAUGGACACGCAGCCCAGGUCACCGAAGGAAGGGUUUGUGCUCACCCCUAUUCGGCUCACUAUACCUGACACGCCUCCCAGUAUGAGAGAGAAGCUCAAGAAACUGAAACUGGCCAAACAAGUUGAAAGUGGGGCUAUGUUUGAAGCUGAUAUUGAUGCAGAGACAGAGGAGAGACAGGCCUACCUUAAACAGCUCCAGAAAAAUCUCUUCUUUGAAGAUCCAGUCAGAGAUAGUUCAAUUGAUAAAGAUAUCAUGCAGCUGGCUGAGAACAUCACCUCCACACUUAAUGACAGUAUUACAUCUAGUCCAGGCAGCUUUGGACACUCAAGUGGACACUCCAGGAACUCUCAGGAAAUAAACCGCGUCGCAAAGCCAAGAGUAGAUUAUAAUUUUAUGCAAUCAGAAAACCCAUUUUCAGACAAUAUUGUGAAACAUGGUAUAGGUAAGAAAAAAAGCAUUGACAAAAAUAUUGAAAGCAAUGAUGAUGAAGUUCUCACAAUUGUAAGAGAAAAAAUGACUACCAAUGCAAAUGGAGAAGAUAGAGCAUUAAAAGAUUUUUCAGAUAUUUCUCCCAUUAUCCCAAUAGCUGGUGAAGCGGGAAAUUAUUCUAAAGGGAGAAUGUCUAGUACACAAAUUGAUAAAAAAUCUGAACCACCCGUUAGCAUCGAGGGAAACGUGAGCAAAAGUGAAGCAGAAAGGCAUUGUAAUGCUUACAUGUCCUCAGAAUGUGCAGUUACUGAAUCAGCUGAACUUUCAAAGGAAAAGCUCAGGAGAGCACCUAGAAGAAAGUCAAUGAUGGAAACAAAAGACAAGUUACCAGAUUCACAUGCGAAGAUAAAAUCUAAAAAUAAACAGCAGUCUGUUGAAUUUGAUGAUAGUUUAGAACGUAAACAAAAUGAAACAGGGGAUGAUAAAAGUAAAAAUGAUAUAGAAAUCAUAGAAAUCCCUUCCAAGAUAAACAGAAGGCGGUCAACACGAAGAAUGUCCAUAAAACAGGUUGUUGAUGAAUUGGAUGAGACUAAUUUGGUAACAGCUAGUCAGGUUGAUAAUGUAGACCUUGAACCACAGAACAACAAAGUUGCACCAAAACCUGGUAAAAGCGAUGCAUCUAAAGACCACAAGGAUAUGUCAUCCAAAGCUGAUGAUAAACUGGAGGUUGACAUAAAUCAAACUCUAGAUGUUAAAACAAAAACAACAACUACUGGGAAAAGAUUGAUAAGCAAUAGAUCAAAAUCAUCUUCUGAUCUUACAUUGGAGACAACAAAGAAACCAAUUAAAGGAAGGCGAAGUAUAGCUGUUGUUAAUUCACAGAAAGUAAAUAAGGAUAUCGAAGCUCAUCUAACUGGGGGUCCUGAUGUGUCGAAACCUGGUAAAAAGACAAUGAAAAGAAAGUUGAUGUCUUUGACUGAUCUAAAUGAUCAGCAUUCAGUUCUGGUGGAGCCGACAAAGUGUUCAGAAGUUGAAAGGCCGCAGUUGGUGCCAAGUCAGGGAAAAAAGGGUGUUACCAAAAAUACAAAAAAAGAGACAAAAGACCUAAAUGCUAAACGAAUCAAUGUAAGUGAAGAUCUUGAGAGUGUUGCAAAUGGAAAAACCCAAGCAAAUAGGCAGUCUAAAGUUGUAUCUAACAAUAUUGUUGAUAAAAAAGGUAAGAAAUAUGAAGAAAAGACUGGUAGUAUUUCAAAAAAACAAAGAUAUACCAAAAGUAUAGAUGAUGUUGACUAUGGGUCUGCGAAAGGAGCAAAAAGCACAAAUCCCCCAAGGGAAAACACCUCGAAAAAAAAGAAAACUCUUGUUAAUGAUACCUACAUUGAGGGUGAUACAACUUCUUGUGAAAGGAAUAUUCUCAAACCUAGUCAGAUAACACAAAUUCAGGACAUUACAACACAGUUGAAUCUCACGAAGGAGAAUAGUCUUGUUUGUUCAAUCCGUGAGACAACACUGUCUAUGUCCAUGUCACGCGCCUAUACUGACUCUAACAUGCCCUCUGUCCUUCAGCCGGGUCGUAAAAGCGUUAAUAAAUUUAAUUUAACGAAAGAAAGGACGAAAACCAAGGGAAGAAAACAGAGUGCCUCUAAAACUGCCUCUGAGUCUGGGUCAAACCAGACUUCCUCGGAAUCAGACUCUAGUGGGAGAAGGGGCAAACUAAACAGUUCUGGCAGCAGAAAAAAUAUACGACCUUCCAUUGUUAUGACAAGUCUACAUUCACAUGAGCAAGAUGUGGUGAUAUCAGUGGUCAAGAAGCUUGGAGGGUUUGUCAUCUCUGAGAACGUCAACGAGACAACCACCCAUGUGAUCUGCGGGGAGCCACGUAGAACACUCAAUGUGCUGCAGUGUCUGGCUAGAGGGAUAUGGCUUGUCACCAAGGAAUGGGUGUUGAGGUCACUGGAUAAAAGCUGCUGGAUAGCGGAGGAGGAAUUUGAGGCCCAUCAAUUCUUUCCAACUUGCAAGGUGUCUCGUCUAGAGCGAGAGAGGACGUCUGAGUUCUAUCGGCAGACGUUAUUCUCCAGCACGGGCCAGGUGUACAUAUCUGGGCGGGCCUCUCCUCCCAGGCAGCAACUGGUACAGCUGAUCAAGCUUUGUGGAGGACAGGUGACGGGACAAAGGGACAAAGCCAACCUGUAUGUGGGUGGUGAUUUUCAUCCGGGUCUUACCUGUGUCAAGACAAGCUGGAUAUUAGACUGUAUCACUGCUCACAAGUUACUGCCCUUGGACCAGUACGCCCUUGACAGACCUAAACGGGAAAGCAGUCCGGUUUACUGAGAUUUGACUGUAACAAACAGACUGCAAUGCCAUCUGACUCGAAAAAAUGUUUAAAGUUAUUUCCCUUUUAUUAAUAUGCACUCUACAUACCCAAGCAACACGGUUCAGCAUACUAGCUUUGGUGUGACCUUAACAGAUUUUAUUCAGUGAAACUUUGUUGAAACAGGUAUUUUAUACUUCUGACAAAUGAAGUGUACAUAAGCAUGUUUUCAUACAUGGAGUGUCAUGUAUUACACAGUGUACUAUACAUGCUAGGUGCAAAUUAAAAAAAUGUAUUCUCUUACAUUUAAAGAUUGGCUUUUGCUCAAAUCAGACUGCAGCAUGCUUUUCAUACAUUUUAGCCUUGAACUGAGAAAACUGGGCUUAAUGCAUGUGCGUAAAGUGUCAUCCCAGAUUAGCCUGUGCAGUCCGCACAGGCUAAUCAUGGACAACACUUUCCGCUUUUAUGGUAUUUUUAUUUCAAGGAAGUCCCUCCUUACCGAAAAUCAAGUUUAGGCAGAAAGUGUCGUCCCUGAUAAGCCUGUGCAGACUGCACAUGCUUAUCUGGGAUGACACUUUACGCUCAUGCAUUAAGCCCAGUUUUCUCAGAACAAGGCUCUUUUUAAAAAUUGUAUAGGCUGGUCGUGUAAAACUAACGAGCAUGAAAUGUUUGUAAAAAAGGCCUUUGUAUGUCAUUUGUACACAUUCUGACCAUUCUCAUUGAGAUUUACAUAAUGGUGCAUUUUUAGGUAAGAUAAUGAAAAAAAAAGUUGGUUUUAUUAAUGAAUUAUUUGAAAGUAACAAUAGAGCUUGAUAUUCCUAUCACUAGUUGUUUGCUUGUGGAAAUGAAUUUAUGAAUAAAAUCUUGCUUUAUUUAAUUUAAUUAAGGCCCUUAAUCACCAGAUUUUAUUUAUUAUUGUCCCCUAGCGGUUUCACCGGAGGGGACUUAUGGUUUGCGCUCUGUGUGUUCGUCAGUCAGUGAGUCUGUCACACUUUUCUGGAUCCUGCGAUAACUUUUAAAGUUCUUAACAUUUUUUCAUGAAACUUGAAACAUGGUUAGAUGGCAAUAUGGACACUAUGCACGUCAUUUAAUUGUGUUCCUACAUCAAAAAUUCUGGUUGCUAUGGCAACAAAUAUUUUAAAAAAAUAUGACAAUGGUGGAGCUGGUAGGGGACAUAUAUUGCUUGGCAAUAGUCUUGUUUAAUAAUGCAUGUUAUACUAUUUCAUGCACGUAAUAGAUUAAUAUUUUCAAUAUUGUUUUCCCUUGUGAUAUAUGCAUCAGUUAAGUGUUUUCUAAAUACCGUGUUUGUGCAUGUAACAGGUUCAUAUUCCAGUAUAUUUUUAAAGAAAAUUGUUUGUAUCUGAUACCCAAUUUCUAGUGAAUUAUGAUGUUUAAUUUGUACUAUAUUUAUAAAUAUUUUUGAUAUACGUUAAUUAUUGAUAAUGACCAAUGUCUGCGUGAUUGUGUAAUACCAGUAUUUGUUCAUUCUACUUGCAUAUUGACUUGUUGAUCCAAUAAAAUUUCAAUGAUUA